AUGGAUCUCCUCCAUAGCAAUGGAGUGCUUAUAAUUCAGCAUUUGCAGAAGGAUUACAGGUCUUAUCAGAGCUUCCUCAAUUUCAUGUCACACGUUGGAGAUCCUCGGAAUAUUUUCUCAAUUUAUUUUCCACUCUGGUUCCAGCUUAACCGAGUGGUUGGGACAAAAAUGAUCUGGGUGGCAGUGAUUGGCGAUUGGUUCAAUCUUAUAUUUAAAUGGAUUCUGUUUGGUCAUCGGCCAUAUUGGUGGGUCCAAGAAACAAUGAUCUAUCCUAACCAAACAAUCCCAUGUCUUGAGCAGUUUCCCAUAACAUGUGAAACAGGACCAGGAAGCCCCUCUGGUCAUGCCAUGGGAUCUUCAUGUGUUUGGUACAUAAUGGUGUCAGCAGCCCUUAGCUAUACAGUGAGACAGAAAGAUAAAACAGCUAUCAACCUCCACAGACUCACCUGGUCUUUCUUGUGGAGCGUGUUCUGGAUUAUACAGAUCAGUGUGUGCGUGUCAAGAGUAUUCAUAGCAACACAUUUUCCCCAUCAAGUUAUCCUUGGAGUAAUUGCUGGUAUGUUAGUUGCAGAAGCAUUUGAAUAUGCUCCGGCCAUUCAGACAGCAAGCUUAAAGACAUACAUCCAGACCAAUGUGUUUCUCUUUGUUUCUGCUCUUGGCUUGUAUCUGGUUCUCAAGCUGAUUGACAUUGACCUUCUAUGGUCUGUACCGAAGGCAAAGAAAUGGUGUGCCAACCCAGAGUGGAUCAAUAUCGACACGACUCCCUUUGCUGGACUGGUGAGAAACUUGGGUGCCCUCUUUGGGCUCGGUCUCAGCAUUAAUUCUGACAUGUUUGUCAUAAGUUGUAAAGGUAAACAUGGUUAUAAGCCCAGUUUCAGGAUGCUCUGCAUAGCCACUUCUUUGGCUACCCUGCAGCUGUAUGAUUUUAUCAAAAUACCUACCCACACUGAGUAUUUGUUUUACAUCCUUUCCUUCUGCAAAAGUGCUGCCAUACCACUCACAGUAGUGGCUUUGGUCCCAUACUGCAUACAUUUGCUAAUGAAGCCAAUAGAAAAGAAGCUUCCAUAGCUGUUAGAUUGCAUUUGGUAUUGGAAGAACCUGGGACAUAUACAAGGCCCAUCUUUGAAGGCUUGCUUUCUUCUGUUCUGAACAACCAUAAGCACAAUUCUACAUAGAAAAUCAAAAUGGAUAAUUACAUCCCUGGGGGGUUUGUAAUUCAAAAAAAGAAA